CUGUAUGUUAUCCUUUUCAACUUCCCAACCUACAAUAAAAGUAUCAGUAUCAGCUGUUUUGUUUUAAUAGGUAGCAAUCAAAACCUAGAAUUAGUUUCGAUUUUAUUGUAAUAAUAUUAUUAUUAUCAUUAUUGUUUAUUUCUUAAUGGGCCCCACUGAACAGGUUCGUGUUAAGUAUGUUUAAAGCUACGGAGUAUUAUAUUUUUAAUUACAUUGCCUAUAGUGCGUGUUGACGUGUUGAAACUAUCGACGUUCAAAUUAUUAUGUAAUGUUUUAUUGAUAUAAACUCGAUAAUCCUCGGCAAAUUUACUCGGUCUUAUCGUUAUUUAUUGAUAGGACUAAUGAUCAUAUUAAUUUCUUUUACUCAAUGCAUACUAUACAGUUUUAUGUAAUGAUAUGUUGUUUUUAUGCACGCGUGUGUGUGUGUUCACGAUAAAAGUAUAAAAUAUUAUUUUAAAAUAAUUAAAUUAGUAUUAUAAUACCCUACACUGUAAAUAUAACAAGCUUAAUGAGUUUAUAAAUUAUAAUAUAGUAUAAUGUGUGAAAUAAAUUAGUAACAAAAUGUAUUGUUAAAAACUCGAAUACGGUAUUUGUUUAUCGGUUAUCAUCAUGCGUUUCUCAAGGACCGUAUACCAGGUAUGUAACAAAAUAUUAUAAUUUUAUUUGUUUUGAAAUCAUACGUAAGUAAUGAGUGCAGUUUCGCUGAAAUGGCAACACGUAAUAUUUCAGCUGAAUAAAUUUCGAUUGUAAUGGAUUUUUUUUAAGAAGGCUGCAAUACCGAAAUACAUAUUUUGAGUCAAUAUUAAACAUUCCAACUCUUGUGCAGAUGCAAUAAAAUUUACCAAAAUCCUAUUUUAAGCACUAUAGGAUCCAUUUUUUUCUUUUUCGAGGAACUUUGAUGGACAUAAUUUUUUUCUAUGUUUUCAAAAAUAACCUGAGAUAAAGCCAUUUAAAUAUUCUAAAGUUUAUUAAAAAACAUACAUUAUUUUCUCGAUUUUUCAAAAAAUUAAAACUUAAAAUAUGUUAUUAAUUUAUUAUGCACUUAACUGUGAUUAAUUAUUGUAUGAUUAUUUUUACCUAAAAUUUGUUUUACAUUAAAACAGUAGUUAAAUUUCUUCACUUUGAGAAUAGGGAUCCCAAAUUUUAAAACUUCUGUAAUUUAAUACAGGUUCAGCUUUUUUCAGGUUCAGUAAAUUUUUCUGGCAUCGAGAGCCGAUUUUAUUAGGCACGAUACUGCUGACUAUAGUAUAAAAACUAUACUUAAACGAAAAAUUGUACAAAAAAUAAAAAAAAAAUAAAUAGAAACAUCGUUAAAUUUGAUAGUGGUAAUCGAAUCAAUAUUGUAAUAGGUAACUAUAAUAUAUAUCUUUGACUAAACGUCGUUUUUAUUCAACACUCUCCAUUUACACACAUAUAAAUUUCCUAAUCUAACGAUACAUAAUUUGAAAUGUAUAAUGCUCAUAAAUAACUUUGAAGUUUAGGACAAGAGUGGUCGACUCUAAGUAGUUAGGAUGAAGGAGAAGAAUGAGAAGAAAUAGAACUUUAAGUUCUUUGUCAGUUGUUUUUCUUAUACUUCUAUAAUUCUAUAAUAUGUUUCAUAAAUUUAUAAAUUAAUUUUUUUGACAUGUCUCGUUCAAACAUUUAUCUUUACUUCAAUUAGUGUUUGCAUCCAUUUAUUGUUUUUCAUUAUAUGGCCGAUUAUUUUUUGUUUUCUUUUCCUUAUUAUUUAGUUAUCUAUAUCAAUUCCCGUUAUUUCAAUCUUAAUUAGUGUAAUUCCUAAUUUUUAACUUUUUUCAAGGAAUUUCCAAUGUUCUUCUCUUACAUCACGUUUUAAAUGUUAUAUUAUACCUUGCACAACAUUCUGAAUAAUUUGUUUAAAAAAAUAUCACAUUACCAGAAGGGUAAAAGACAAUAUUAUUAUUAUUAUAGUCUUGAUAAUUUAUUUGUAUUUUGUUUAUAUCCUGUAAACUGCGCGUUUAGGUGCAUGAAAAAUGGUUAUACACGGUUACCGUGAUGUUCGCAUUUGUACUUUUUAACUCUGCAUUUUGCGAGGUACGAGUAAAAAUCGCCAAAGGAAUACUAAAAGGUCGAAUUUUGAAGUCGAGAGGUGGACGACCUUAUUAUUCGUUUACGAGUGUGCCGUACGCAAAACCACCAGUUGGCGAACUUCGAUUUGAGGUAUAGCACACUGUAAUACUAUUUAUAUUUUACAUACAUUAUUAUACAUUAUUAUAAUUCAAAAUGAAUACAUAAAUAAAUAUGUAUUUGAAUAAUUUUAAUAUUGUUGUAGGCUCCGGAACCGGUUGAUCCGUGGAAUGGAACGUUGGACGCUACCGGAACCGCAAACGCGUGCGUUCAAAAGAGUGAAAUGUAUGGCAACGAAGAUUGUCUGUACUUGAACGUGUACACGCCAAACGUGACCGACGACCAAAAAUUCCCCGUAAUGUUUUGGAUUCAUGGUGGUGGAUUUUCGAUGGGUCACGGUAGCCCAGAAAUGUUCGGUCCGGAUUAUUUCAUGGACAAAAACGUGGUGUUGAUUUCGAUUAACUAUAGACUGGGCGUGUUGGGUAUGGCGUAUUUAACACCUGAUACAUUAUACUAAUAAUAGGAGGAAAAAACAACGUUGUAAUCAUAGACACCAGAUUCCAUAAAGUUUCGUGGGUCCCCUAGAUGACGCCCGUGAACUUUAUACGAUCGAUUUUCAACACGUACCAAAAAAGUAGCAAAUCAUUAAUAAAUUUUAGCAAUGUAAAGUAAUAGUAAAUAAUUUUAAGCUCUAAACUGGGUGCUCGGUAUCUUUAGGUAGUCAAAUCGAGUAUAGUAUAAAUUGAAAGUAAUCUUCCUAUAAGCAACAUGUAGAAUGAUUUUUAAACAUUUAUAAUUCGCGACCACCUAAUUUAUUUUGGAAGGCAACCCCUACUUAAAGUGUUUAAUUGAACUUAAAUACAUUUUUCUAAUAUAAAUAUAGUGUAUUCUAGUAUUAUAUACAUCAUAGUUACGAGACGAAGCUGCCGCGCCGCAUAGUGAGAACAAAUUCAAUUUUAGCCAGAUAAAAUUGUUUUUUUCUCUUUAUCAACUUUUUAGGAUGUAAUAAAUAUUUAAAAAUGUUUUUCAAAUAGUAUUUAGUAUAGUUUACUUAUAAAUAUGUCUAAAACAAACAAUUUCAAUUGGCAUAUUUAAUUAUUAAUGGUAUUUUAACUAUACUAUACAUUUAUGAAGUGUACAGUGGUGUAUUUGAGAAAGGCAAUUAGGAAAUUUGUCCCCCCCUAAAUUUUUUUUUUUUCUUGCGGUAGCUGUAAUUAUAAGUUAAAUUCUAACAUUAUGAGUAUUAUGACUAGGAUGUACUCACCUAUCAUGCGUUUUCACCAAAUACGGUACCUAAUUUUGUAACUACAAUAAAAACUUUUUUUAACAUCAAUAGGUAGUAUCAUGUUUUGCGCUAUAAUCAUAGAUAAUAAAGAAAAAUCCGUUAUGUAUAGUUGUAAUCAAAAUCAAUAAUCAAUAUUCUGAUAUGAUAAUUCUUUAUUUUUAUUAUACUUUAUAAUUUUAUAUUACAUUUUAUAGUUAAUAUUACAGUGUGCCACUAGUGUAUUGGUACGGUGCACGGCGUGUUAAUAAUGCACCACUUCUCUCUUUCAACCUAAAAUUAAAAUUGGUAUAUCUCGUUAAUGGAUUGACAGAAAUCAAAAAUUUCAACUCUAAAGUUUAUUUUAACUAAUACUCAAUUUAUUUAUGAACUUUUUAAUAUAAGUUGCCGUUUGAAAAUCAAAAGUAGGUAGUUGUUUUACUCCCAAAAAUAAGGGUGACAAAAAAAAACAAAUUUAAAAUUGAGGAGCGACUUCUUUAUUGAAUGUUCUAUAAAACAAAUUCCAGAAAAAGUUAAUACUUUCCAAGACAAUAAGUGAACCCACUUAAAUGAAUCACCUGGUAUAUGGCAGUCACUCCGGUUUCCCCCGUGUGCACAACUACGAUUAUUUUAAAUAUAAUAAAAUUAUUAAUCUAUUAUACUAGCGUUCUGACUAAUGUUCUAAUCUAACCUCUAACCUAUUUUACCUGAAGACGCUGAGCAUUCAGUUUAGAACUUAAUAUUUACCAAUGACAUAGUAAUUUUAUAAUUUUGAAACUGCAUUAACUAAAAAUAUUUGCUUAUUAUAUGCUUUUUUUUGGCAUACAUUUUAAGUCAAUCGGACAAAGAGUGGGAGGGGUCAAAUUCACGGAUGUUCUUAGAUAUCAUGAACUUCAACAACUUUCUCAUAUUCUUAAGAAAAAUUAUUUAAAAAAAUAAAAUAUAGAUAUUCAUUGUCUACUGUGGUUUGAAAUUAGUGCUGUAAUAUGUUACAUAUUUCAUAAUAAGUCCCCACCGGCCAAGUGACGAUUUUCGGCGGUAGUUCCGGGGUGGUCAAUGUCAACUAUCAAAAAAUAUUUAAAAAAAUAAAAUAUAGCUAGUCAUUGUCUCCUGUGGUUUGAAAUUAAUGCUGUACCAUGUUUCAUAUUUCGUAAUAGGUAUUCCAUAAUAAAAGGAAAACAUGUUUGUGGUCUUGUAGAUUGCCUUGUACUGUAAUAAAACUAAUGUUGAAAAGGCCUAUAUCAUCUACCAUAUCCUAUGAUAGCCGUGCUUCAAAGACCUGUCCCUUUUAGACUGCGGCCCGAAUGAAAAAAACAUAGGCGUGAUCUAUCUAUAUUAUUAAUAUCUAUACACGCGUAUUUGUCACCGACAGGUCUUUUGAGUGCCGAAGAUGAAGUUAUACCAGGUAACUACGGGAUGAAAGACCAAGUCAUGGCACUGCGUUGGGUCAGCGAAAACGUCGCAAAUUUCGGUGGGGAUUCUGGACGAGUGACGAUUUUUGGCGGUAGUUCCGGCGCGGUCAACGUCGGCUAUCAUAUGUUGUCACCAAUGAGUAAGGGCUUGUUCCACAAAGCUAUACUCCAAAGCGGCACCCCGUCGUGUCUUUGGAGUACGUCCUUGCCGGGUGUGUCCCGCGAACGCAGUAAAAUCGUCGCUAAGCUCGCCGGAUGUGCCAGAAAUACUUCCAGAGAUGUAUUGCAAUGUCUCAAAACGAUACCGGCUGGUUUUUUUGCCGACGUCCAUGAAAAACUCUGGGCAAGUCGACUUUUUUUAUUUUUUGCAAGAAUUUAUAUCACGAAAUCACGGUUGUAUAAAUAAUGGUUGACUAAUAAUCACUCUAACCAUAAUAUUAUAUAGCAGCCUCGAGAUCUGAAAUUUCUCUAAAUAUCACGUGGCAAAAACAAUGAUUGUACAGGGCUAAAUUUUGUUGGAAAAUACUUGCACGGAACCGUAUUUUUGUGGAAAGUAUAUUUUAGAAAAUAAAUUAUUGGCUACGUAUUUUGAUGGUAUCAUUUUGUCAGAAUCGUAUUUUAUUGGAAAUGUCUUUUGUUGGAGCGAUAAAUGAUAAAAAUUAUGUUAUUAAAUAUUAUUAUUUUUACGGUUCCGAGCAAAUACGUUACUGAUAAAAUACAACUUCGGGCAAAUACGUUUCUUACAAAAUAUUUUUCGACAACAUAUGGUUCUGAGUAAAUAUUUUUAAAUAUUUUAUGCACCCCCUUGUGUAACGUUAUUUAUACUUGCUCGUAAUCAAAAUUUACUUUUAUUUCUUAAUAUAUUGUAACCAUAUUGUUUCUUGUAAAUUAUAGUAGGCACUUAUGGAUUGCACUUAACUAUACUAUACUAAGGCUUUUUGGCUGUGAAUAGUAUAUUAUGUUUUUCGAAAAAUAACAUUUGGCUAUAAUAAAACCGUUAAAUAACCAUAAUAUUUACAAUCGUGAUCGGAACGAAACGUAAAUAUAAUUAAAAAUAUGUAUUUCGUCACGUUCAUAGGAAUGGCGCACGUUUCCUACGAUAUUGUUUUCGCCGGUAGUUGAACGAUGUGAUUCGGGCCGACAAGCGUUUCUUUGCCACCAUCAACUGUAUGACUUCCGACAAGAGUCUUUCGUGCCAGCCAUUAUCGGCUUAAACUCUGCUGAGGGUGGUAUGAAGGUCGUUGGUGAAUAUAAACAUUAAAGCAUGUUAUAUGUGAUUUUAAUCAAUCCAAAACAUAUUAUUAAUAGAGCGCGGAUUUAUAUUCUCUUAAAAUUUUGUGUAUACGACUAAUAUUCUCUGAAAAUAUUAUUAAAAUAUGCAAAUAUAUGUUUUUAUAUCAAUAUAUUCUCUUAACAUCUAAAUAUGUACUUAUAUGCAAAACAAAUUUAAUAAAUAAUAAUUAACUCAUAUUUUUAGAUCGUUAUUUUGGCAUUUCAUUAAAUUAAAACUUGUAAAUCAAAGAACAACUUUUAUAACUCAAAAAUAUAAAAAAAUAAUUUUUUAAUUUUAUUAGAUUUCGAAUACAAAACGAUAACUCAUUAUCACUGGAAGAAAACAUGUGAUAAUUUACGAGAUAACAAAUUAUUAUCAAUUAUUCGGGCCGUAGGUGAUCUGUUGUCUGUAAAAUGAUAACUAGAUAUCAAAAAUUGGACUAACAGGUUGUGUACCAAAGUCAUUUACCGUAUUCAUGUUAUGUUAAAUAAUAAAAUAAUAAUUUUCACACUUCAUUAUCAUUUGCCAAUUAUCAAACCGUAGUGGCAUUUAAAACUAUUAUACGACGUAGCCAUUAAUAAAUUAUUAUAAAAUAGAUAAAAUUAAUCGCAACGGUUGAAAUGUACAUAAUUUUUUAAUUCCUAAAAAAAUAUUUCAAUUUAUUUAAUUUUAUAUUAUUCAAAUAUGCAAAAAAAAUGAUUUUAUAUUAAUAUUACAUUCGUUUAACAUCAAAAUAUGCAUUUAUAUGCAAAAUACAAUUUUUUUGUAUUGUUAACCGUUAAUAUAUCUUACUCUCAUGAUUACACAAUGUGUAUUCAACUAUUAAAAAUAUGUUUUUAUAUAGAAAUCCGGGCUCUAAUUAUUAAAUAUACUCUGAGAAGUGAGAGUGAUAUGUUUCAAUUUUAGCUUUGUACAACGAUACAUCUCUCCUGUAUCCUGAAUUUCGUACGAAUUUCAAUCAUUUGAUGUCGAUCAUAAUGGCGUACCGAAAUUUUACAUUAAAUUUGAAUGAAAUUGGUAGACGAAUAUUUGAGAAAUAUUACCCGUCUGGAAGAAUGGAAGACGAUUCUCAUUUUCAAACACUCCAAGUAAUUUAAUAGAUUUUCGAACAAAUUAAUAAAGUAUUGAUAAUGCAUAAUAAUAAUAUAGUAUAUUUAUAAUGUUUUUUUAUUUUUUAAUUAUAUUUUUUUUAUUGAACCGAAUUUAUAACAUUUCAGAUGAUUACAGACGGUAGUUAUUUGCAUGGUAUACUGGGUACGGCUUUUAAACUGUCCUCGCCGGUGUAUUUUUACUUAUACAAUUACCAAAACGAAUAUUCAUUCAACACUUUGUUCGGGAAGUGUACUAGAAAAUUAGGAGUGACACAUGGUGACGAGUUAACUAGUUUGUUCAAGUUAAACGCUAUAAAUCCUCGAGAGUUAAAUAGCAUGGAUACUGCGGUCUCGAAGCUUAUGGUCGACAUUUGGACGAAGUUUGCCACGUCAGAGUAAGCGAGAAAGUCGCAAUAGAUAUUUUAAUUUAACUACUUAUUAGUAAUGAUAUAUUUAUAUGUAUAUUAUAUUACCAAUAUAUACUUUCAUGUAAGCAUAUUAAUUUUAAUUUAAAAAUUUACAAUUCCCAAUGAGUUAUAAAUAUUAAAAUAUGAUAGUAUGUUCGAUAUUUUUAUAGGAUACCUACUGUGGAUGGAACGGAAAAUGGUUUUCCUUGGCCAGCGUUUAACUCUGAUGCACAAAAACGAGAAAUCUUGCACAUAGACUCGGAGCGUCCUAGUAUUAUGGAAAAUCCGUUUGAAGAAAAGUACAAAUUUUGGAACGAUUUGCCUAUGCUUUCUAAUUUAAAUAAAAUAAUGUUUGAAAAUGUAUUAGCGUUUGAACAUCAUAAUAAUUUUGCAAAAGAAGAGUUGUAAUAUUAAUAAUAUUCGUGUAAUGGGUCCAAUGCAUUGAUUUUAGGUUUAAUCUAUUAUUUUGUAGUCCGUUGUUGAUUUUCAAUAAUAUUUGUGUAGUAAUAAUAUAUUAAAAUGUAUUAUAAUUCAUUUAAAUAAUAUUAUUCACAAUAGUAUUGCCUUACAUUGGUUGUUCACCGUAUUCGUAUCAUUACUGAGUAUACAAUAGGUCAUAUUAUAUCAUUAGUAGGACUAAGGGUAUUGCUAAGUUAUUGAUACCUGUGUUUUAGUAUUAAGAUUUAUACCGGUAUUUUAGGUAUUUUCAAUGUAACAAUAAUUUCUCUGAUAGUCUGAUAUGUCAUAUACUAUGAUAUUACAACUUAUAAUAAUAUACCAUAAUUAUGAUUUAAUAUUGACAGACCUUAUUAUGGCUAAUUUGCUCAUUUUUAACGAGAUAAAAAUCUGAUACUGAGGACAGAUGUGCCACUGUUGUGGGUAGGAAGCUUGGAAGGUAGGAUGCAUAAAGUGAUUUAAUUUAUGUCUGUAAGCAACGAUAAACCAUUGCUAAUGAAAAACGAUUCGGAGCGAAGUUUGGUUAUACACGUUUUUAUAGACCGUAAUUUUCAUCAACAUUUUUUCUUAUCACAAAAAAAUAAUACAUUACACUAAAUUUUUAAUUUUUAAUUUUAAUUUUUAAAAUUACACGCACACAACAUUCUUCUUUACACAUUUGUGUGAUAACUACAUUUGAACAGAAUGUAAGCACAUGCUCACACUCACAUUGCCAGUUAUAUUGCU